UAAAAUGCCCUGGCAAGUCACUUGUGUCCAGUAAAUAAAACUCCACAACGUUGGUGCGUAUGCAAAACAGAAAUCAAAAUGCCAAAGGUUGAAGCUACGCUAACUUUGGCCUAGUCACGUUGAUUUUUCUGCGUGCUCGCGAGACAGCAGUGUUGCUUGUUAGCACAAACUAGCCCACCGCCACACGACCGCGAUCAAGAAACACGGUUCGGUCGACGACCAAUCCUCGUUCUCAAAUGGUGUCAACUCCAGCUUACUGAAAGGACCUUGGAGCCAUCUGUAAUAAGGGUACCUCGGGGGACCAAGACCGAGAUAUCACAGAGAUGGUGAACACAUGACUAUUGCGAGCACUUAGUUUUCCUAAUGGAGCACCUUCAGGGAGCGCGGAAGACCCUGAGCAACGGCUUAGGAAUGAAGGACUCUGCAUUUGAAGGCCCCUGCGUUUCUCCAACCAUGGUUCAGGGCUUUUCCUGCCAGCGACGCUCCUCAGACGACAGCAAAAUGCCAGACUCCAAGGCUAGCAGCACAAUCCGUGUCUACCUCCCAAACCAACAACGCACUGUGGUAAAUGUGCGACCAGGUAUGACUCUUUUUAGUUGCCUGAUUAAAGCAUUGAAGGUGCGAGGCCUGCAACCUCAGUGCUGCGCUGUGUUCAAGCUGCAUUCAGGACAAAGUAAAAAGUUGCGGAUGGAUUGGAACACUGACUCCACCUCACUGAUUGGGCAAGAGCUGCUGGUGGAGGUUUUAGAUCACGUUCCUUUGACCACACAUAAUUUUGUUCGGAAAACAUUUCUGAAGCUUGCUUUCUGUGACAUUUGCCAGAAAUUUCUUCUGAAUGGAUUCCGUUGCCAAACAUGCGGUUACAAAUUCCAUGAGCAUUGUAGCACCAAAGUGCCCACAAUGUGUGUGGACUGGAGCAACAUAAGACAACUCCUGUUUUGUCCAACACCCGGUGAGAGUGGUGCCCUGUCCCUGCUGCCGCCCACAUCCCGGCGUAUGAGAGAAUCCUUAACACGGUUUCCAAGCUCAGCCCACCGAUAUUCCACCCCUCAUGCCUUCAACUACACCACGUCCUACCCACCCACAGGCGGCGGUCUCUCCCAGAGGCAGCGCUCCACUUCAACACCCAAUGUCCAUAUGGUUAGCACUACCAUGCCUGUAGACAGCAGCAUGAUCGAGCUAGACUGCCUGAAUACCUCUCCCAGCUCCUGGUGCCAUAGGUUCUGGCUGAAGAGGAAAGUAGGUAUUGUGCACUUCUCCCAGUCUUUUGUUGAAGCCUCAUCUGAGAGUCCAGAAAAGGGUGCAAUGCGUGAUCAUGACUCUGUGGGGAAUUCCCCCAACCAGAGCCCCACAGGGUGGUCCCAGUCUCAAUCCAAAGCCCCUGCACCUGCCCAGCGAGAGAGGGUCCCAUCCUUCAAUACUCAGGAGAAAAAUAAAAUUAGACCUCGGGACAAGCGAGACUCUAGUUACUACUGGGAGAUUGAGGCCAGCGAGGUUUACCUACUUUCCCGCAUUGGUUCAGGCUCGUUUGGAACAGUAUACAAAGGAAAAUGGCAUGGUGAUGUUGCAGUGAAAAUUUUAAAGGUGACUGACCCCACACCAGAGCAGUUUCAGGCAUUCAGAAAUGAAGUGGCAGUGCUGAGGAAAACACGACAUGUCAACAUCCUGUUGUUCAUGGGCUACAUGACGAAGGACAACCUGGCCAUCGUGACCCAGUGGUGUGAGGGUAGCAGCCUUUACAAACAUAUUCAUGUCCUGGAGACAAAUUUUAAGAUGAUCCAGCUCAUAGACAUCGCCAGACAGACAGCUCAGGGCAUGGAUUAUCUACAUGCAAAAAACAUCAUUCAUCGAGACAUGAAGUCCAACAACAUCUUCUUGCAUGAGGGGCUAACUGUGAAAAUCGGUGACUUUGGUCUUGCUACAGUGAAGGCCAGGUGGAGUGGCUCGCAUCAGGUGGAGCAGCCUUCUGGAUCCAUUCUUUGGAUGGCUCCUGAGGUAAUCCGGAUGCAGGAUAACAACCCCUACAGCUUCCAGUCUGAUGUCUAUUCCUAUGGAAUUGUUCUCUUUGAACUCAUGACGGGAGAGCUCCCAUACUCCCAGAUAGCAAACAGAGACCAGAUUAUUUACAUGGUUGGAAGAGGCUAUUUGUCCCCAGACCUCAGUAAGCUCUACAAGAACUGCCCCAAAGCCAUGAAAAGGUUGGUGGCUGACUGCAUCAAGAAAUCCAAGGAUGAAAGGCCGCUCUUUCCACAGAUCUUGUCUUCUAUUGAGCUCCUCCAGCACGCCCUCCCUAAGAUAAACCGCAGUGCCUCAGAACCGUCCCUGCACAGAGCCUCACACACUGAGGACAUCAAUGCCUGUACUUUGACUUCCACCAGAAUGCCUGUUUUUUAAGGGCUCAAAUAGCUCUGCCCCUCUUCCUCCUCAAAAAUUUGCAAAUUAGUCCAAGCAUUCAGUAAGCUCAAAUUCCUACGUAAAGAUGCCAGUAUAGACCAACAGAUAUACAUGCAGUCAUACAUAAUCCCAAGCUAAUCAGUAACAUAUGUAAGUUAAAGAGGAGAGAGGGAAGUGUGCAAAGAGGAGAAUCUGAGAUGAACUGGAAGGAAUUGGGUCAUAAAGGAUUGCAGCAUGGUCACAAUAAAGUACAUCACCAUAUGUUUUGAGAAGUUUGCUGAGGCUUUGUGUAGGCAGUUUUCGAAGUUGUAAAUAUUUGCACGCAUACCUACCUAAGACAACAAUGAAUGGACAUUAAAGGAAGCUCACGGGGACGCAUGUGGGUUCAGUAACAUGAAGAACGCCUUUUUCUGGCUUUACUAGUUUCUUUUGAAGAUGACUUUUUUUAGACUUAUCUGCCUUAAGAGGAAACAAAGCCUGGACUUAAGGUCCUGCACAACUUCACCUCUGGUUCACAAAACCAUAGGAAAUUAUCCAUCGUGUUGCUCAGUAGUUGAUUUUGCAUUGUCUUAAAAAUGUAUUAAGUAGACAUGGGAUUCACCCCCUCUUUUUGGGUUUUGUUUUUUGUUGAAUUAUUGCAGUUGUCAUCAUUUUUGGUGUAAUUUUGGGCUGUCCAAUAGUGAUCAAAGGAACUUUAGAAAGCAAGAGUUUCUAUUGUUUCUGAUGUUGUUGAUGCCCAUUCACUCUUCUGUCCUUACCAUCAGUUGGUUAUCAUGAGCUAGAUGUUUGACAGGUGUCUUAAAUAUUUAAAAUGAUUUGGAAACUGAAUUGUUUUUAUCAUGUCACUUUGAGGAGGUUUUAUCUUGAACUUUGUGAGAAAGCUGUCUUUGCAAUAUUGUAAUAAAAUUAAGUUAAAUUCA